AUGUCCAAGGCGAUUCGACCGCACUGCGUCGCAGCAGUCGGCCUGCUCCUCCUUCUCGUCGGCCUAGUGUCAGCUCCAUUCUCACCCGCACUGGACAACUUCGACUGGCCUGACGGUGUUGAAGAGAUCCUUCUAUCCAGAUACCCGAUCCCUCCUACCCACCGCUACACCGAAGAGCAGGCCGACGGCUUUCUCGCCAACGCUAUGCUCCACUACACACGCCUCGCUGAGCGACGUACUCGAGAAAAUCUCCGCGAGGAAAACAUCAAGACACGAAACAUUGUCUCCGCCGUCUUCCUGCCCCGCCACCGGCUUGUAACCGACGGCCUUGAGCGCAAGUUGAUCCAUCGCACCAGCUCUCCGUCUUGGUUCUCCUUGCCUCUGCUCGUCGACGGCACGUUCGAUGCCGGAGGCCUGGGCUACCUGUACGAGCGGCUGCCCAACGGAGGGCUCGCGCGCUCGCUCGAUCUGAUCCGAUUCGACAGAUUCAAGCCACGCCGACUGGACGGGUUCUGGCUCCCGACCGCGAUCAUACGGCCGACGUACGGGAAUUCGAUAGAGAGAGGAGCUCUGCGGUUCACGGUCGUCCACCAGUUCGCGACCUCGUUGGGGCUGUAUGUGGACAGCCAUCUGGCCAACCCCGACAGCGCACCGAUCGUGUUCGACCAAGCUUUGCGGGCGAAGCAAGACAUCUGGCUGCGAAAAGUCAGCCCGAAUGACCGCCGGCUGAUCACGAAAAUAUGGCACAAGGCCGUCGACUCGCCCUUGGUCCUCGACUCACCCUUCUUCAGUCGUGAGGAGAGAGCCGACUGGACAUGGAGGCGACUCAACCACGCUCGGGCUUCGACCAGUGCACACGGAUCGCCUGGUCAGCAGGGUUCGGAAAGCGACCAACAUGUCGACGCAAGCACGUUCAGUGAUGACGACGAGGACGCUGGUAUUCUCCAGGGAGUCCUGAUCAGCGGCAACGAAGAUCCGAGCAGUCUGUACAUGGUCCCUGGUCCGGCCCAUGAGUUUGCGCGCGCUGCUCCACACGGUGCUGCGAUCACACCUAACGAAAGGCAGCCUUUGCCUCUUGACGCGACCCAGAACGAAGCUCCCACGACCCUUAACGAAAGACGGCUGUGGUCUCAGCAUUCGGCUGGGUAUGGGCCCCGAAUCAACUACGAGCCCAGCGCUCAUUAUGAGCCCGGUACUCGUUACGAACGAUGGCGUAGCGCUGAGAACGUCGGAAAUACAGCUCUGGGAGCCGGGGUUUCGGGCGCAACACGUCUCCCCGCUGAAGAAGCAGGAUUGGUCGAGCAUGACUUCAUGAAUCAGCAUCUUGGCUUCGUGUCGAACGUACCCAUUCGCCCUCGACCGCUCUAUCCAUGGGAGAAUCGACCGAUGCAAUCCCCUCAGCAGCCUCAGCCAAAUCAGGCUCCGUCUUAUCUACACUCGCUCCAUCACGACUCCAACGUCGACCUGGACCUGUCUCUGACACCUUCGCAUCGCGGUGUUCAACGCCAUACCUAG